GCGAGAAAGCGCUCGACGAAAGGCAGUAUCGAAGAUCCAUCAAUCCUAAUAAAGUUUACUUGGUUUCAUGGAGGGAAGAAAGAGUACACUAGAGUCCAUACCUGAAGAGGAAAUCUUGGAUAAUGAUCAAGAUGUUGAUAUGCUUGAUGUAGAAGAAGGAGAGUUGGAGGGGGAGCAGAACCAACCCAAUGAGCCGAUAGAAAUGUCAAUUCAAGAGCCUUGUAGCAGAAACCGCAGGCGUUGGAAAAAAAAGAGGAAUAAAAAGAAGAAUGGUUCGGUGUCAAAUAUUACUGACAUAAACAGGUUUGUUAUAGAUACUUGUAGACAUCUAAAGGAGAAGAAAUCUUACUUGGUUUGGGCUGCUGUGGGUUGUCUUGGUAUAGCUGCUUUAGGUGAUCUUGUUAGAGAGGUGAAAGCAAUACAGGCUUGCGGAGGUCAGAUGACUGCUGAUGGGAAGCGACCUCGAACAGGUGGUGGUAUACUGUGGAACAUUCUGAAAGUACGUGAACCAAAGGCUUACAAAGAGAUAAUGACAAAAGGAAAGGAGUUUGAGAAGCAAUUAAGGAAACAAGGUAUCAGACAACCGCUGGGGCAAAAGGAGGGCUCUUCUCAAAGAUCUGUAUGUGCAUCUUCUGAUGGGAUUUCAGAUCAUGUUGCAGAUGACUUGCCGCUUGCAACUAAAACACAAAGUGAAGCUGAAAGGAAUGGUGCUCAAGGGAGGCGGACAUCUGUCCUGAACAGAAUACGGAUACCUGUCGCUUAUGAGGACCUCGUUGAGGAGGAUCCAAAAGAUGAAUUUACUUGAUCUUCUGAAACAAGGGAGAGAGUAGAAUGUAAAGAGGCUUUUUAGGUGCCGAUCUUGAGUUUUGAUGAUGAAAUAUUUGACAAGUUAUUGGAGAACGUUUCAUUUUAGAGAAAUUUCCCCUUUCUGAUGUGAUGAGUUA